AUGGUGAAGCUUGCAUCGGCACGAGAGAGCCGAAUUUACGGGCCCCGGUUAUCGAGGAACCGGGCGGAAUACACAAACGCUGGGCUGUAUGUAUUUGCUACGAUUGUUCUAUUGACUGGUUUUGCAGCCGAGUUUUCCUGGGAACCGAAGUCGGGUUUGGUGCUUUUGCUUAUAGCUUCAGCGUUGAUGAUGGUGGUUAAUGCUCAUGAUCUUCUUGCCCAUCUUGCGGGUUUCGAUUAUCGGUUUCCAUUGAUGGAAUUUGAUGUCCAGCUUGCGCUCGUUGAGUUUGCAGUUCCUGUUGUUCAGAUUUUGGGAUCCCUUCUUUUGUUCUUGGGAAUUCUCUUUCUCUUCAUUCAGAAAGUGAAAGGAUUUGGUUUCUUUAAAUUGGAAAAGCAUGCUUUGAACAUGCUUAUUGCUGGCCCUGUUUUAUGGGUGCUUGGAUCCAUCCACAAUUUAUGUCAAAUCUAUGAGAGAGCUGAUGGUCAUGUCCAAAUCUUGCAACAAAGUGUCCAACUCCCUUUCUUGAUGGGGAGUUUGUUGUUAAUGGUGGGCGCCAUCAUCAAUUGCCGCGAGCAAGCCAGACAAAUGCAUCAUGGAUUAGACCUAUUGGGAAGUACUUGGGUGUGGUUGGGAAUUGGUGCAAGCAUAUUGUUCUUCGUCGGAGGGAUAACGAAUGUGGUAAAAGUGUUCAAGAUGCAACAACUUAAUGUGCUGCGGCUUGAGAAACUGCGAGGAGGAGCACAAGAGAGACUAGUUCAAGAAAGAGAAGGCCAUGUUCCACUCAUUAUAGAAGAACAGCAGAGGAUAAAAAAGCCGGCUGCUCCAGUAGCAGCCGGGGAAACAGAACCAGCAAUUGUAGGAUCUCCAACACCUUACAAGGAUGUGCUUGUUCGCAAUUGA